AUGUUUUCGAGAAGCUUGAGAACCACUGCGCGCCUGGUGCCGCUUCGUCGGUAUCCCGCGCGGGCGUUACCAAUGCAGAUGCCACAGAUGCUGCAGCACGUCCGCAAUUAUGCAGACAAGAUCGUCCAAGUCCCACAGAUGGCUGAGUCCAUAUCCGAGGGAACGCUGAAGCAGUGGUCCAAGCAGAUUGGCGAUUUUGUCGAGCAAGACGAAGAGAUCGCGACCAUUGAAACCGACAAGGCAAGCCUGACGUCCUUUUGUUGCGACAACUACAGUUUCCCUGGAGACGAUAUUGAUGUCGCUGUUAAUGCCCCGGAAGCAGGUGUCAUCAAGGAAUUCUUGGUCAACGAGGAGGAUACGGUUACUGUCGGUCAAGAUAUCGUCAAGUUGGAGCUUGGCGGCGAAAAGCCUAGCAGCAGCAGCGAAGACCCUAGCGAAGGGAAAACCACAUCAGACAAGUCUGCCGCCGAGCCCGAAUCUCAACCCGAGCCUUCCAAGUCAGAGUCGAAGCCUGAGCCUAAGGAUGAACCUCAGCCUGAGAGCAAACCAGCUGCUCCUCCAGCCAAGGAGACCAAGGAGACUUCCAAGGCCGCCUCCAGUCCCUCGAAAGAGACUGCUUCAAGCACUGGUCCCAGCCUUGGUAGUCGUGAGGAACGCCGCGUGAAAAUGAACCGUAUGCGCCUUCGCAUCGCCGAGCGUCUCAAGCAGUCGCAAAACACUGCGGCAUCGCUGACCACAUUCAACGAGGUCGAUAUGUCGUCUCUCAUCGAGUUUCGAAAGCUUUACCGUGACGACGUGCUCAAGAAAACUGGCGUGAAGCUGGGCUUCAUGAGCGCCUUCUCACGUGCGUGUGUCUUGGCCAUGCGCGACAUCCCUGCUGUGAACGCGUCCAUCGAGGGACCCAACGGAGGCGACACUAUCGUAUAUCGCGACUAUGUUGACAUAAGUGUUGCUGUGGCCACGGAAAAGGGCCUCGUCACUCCGGUUGUCCGCAACACUGAGUCGCUUGACAUGCUGGGCAUCGAGAAGGCGAUCGCUGACAUGGGCAAGAAGGCUCGAGACAACAAGCUCACCAUCGAAGAUAUGGCUGGUGGCACCUUCACUAUCAGCAAUGGUGGCGUGUUUGGCUCUCUCAUGGGAACCCCGAUCAUCAAUCUUCCUCAGACCGCCGUGCUGGGUCUCCAUGCCGUGAAGGAACGCCCCGUUGCGGUCAAUGGGAAAAUUGAGGUUCGCCCCAUGAUGUAUCUAGCUUUGACCUAUGACCACCGGCUCCUGGAUGGAAGGGAAGCUGUUCAGUUCCUUGUAAAGGUCAAGGAGUAUAUUGAAGACCCUCGGCGUAUGCUUUUGUAG